UAAAACGGAGAGUGGAGGAAGCGCCAAGUUUUUUGUUCUCUUUCUCUCUGUGCACAACCGGUCUCGGAAGGAGGAAGUGAGGUUGGGCUUCCGGGGAGAUGUGACUCGUGUUGCGCAGGCGGGAAAGUAUCUGGUUCUUUUCGAGUGUUUCUUAUUCUCGGUGUCACUUUAGCUUCUGUUGGAACUAGAUGGAGACUAUAUCGCGUUCAAGGAAGGAUUAAGACAUCUUGUUUUCCUGUCUGCUUUUGUUCAGAAAACUUUCCAGAACACCACAAAACUUCCUACUACAGCACCUUUGGCUGGUGUGUCCUCGACCCCUGCUGCAGUGGGGUGAGGGGUUGGGAGGAGCUGUCAACAUGGCAGAUACGUUGGAAUUCAAUGAAAUAUAUCAGGAGGUGAAAGGAUCUAUGAAUGAUGGUCGUCUGCGACUGAGCCGUCAAGGUGUGAUUUUCAAGAACAGCAAAACAGGGAAAGUGGACAAUAUUCAGGCCUCGGAGUUGGCAGAGGGCAUCUGGCGGAGAGUGGCAUUGGGCCAUGGUCUCAAACUACUUACAAAGAAUGGGCAUGUCUACAAAUAUGAUGGGUUCAGAGAGACGGAGUUUGACAAACUCUCAGAUUUCUUCAAGACCCACUACCACUUAGAGCUUGCCGAAAAAGACUUGUGUGUGAAGGGGUGGAACUGGGGCACAGUGAAGUUUGGAGGGCAGCUCCUCUCUUUUGACAUUGGAGAGCAGCCAGUUUUUGAGAUCCCACUCAGUAACGUGUCCCAGUGUACAACUGGCAAGAAUGAAGUGACGCUGGAGUUCCACCAGAAUGAUGAUGCUGAGGUGUCGCUUAUGGAGGUGCGCUUCUACGUGCCGCCCACUCAAGAAGAUGGCGUGGACCCUGUGGAGGCAUUUGCCCAAAAUGUGCUAUCUAAGGCAGACGUUAUCCAGGCUACUGGAGAUGCCAUCUGCAUCUUCCGAGAGCUGCAGUGCUUGACACCUCGUGGUCGAUAUGACAUCCGCAUCUACCCCACCUUUCUGCAUCUCCACGGCAAGACGUUUGACUAUAAGAUCCCUUAUACCACCGUUCUGCGACUUUUCCUGCUGCCCCAUAAAGACCAACGCCAGAUGUUCUUCGUGAUCAGCUUAGACCCUCCUAUAAAGCAAGGCCAAACACGCUACCACUUUCUUAUCCUACUCUUCUCAAAGGAUGAGGACAUCUCCUUGACCCUCAACAUGAAUGAGGAUGAGGUAGAGAAGCGCUUUGAGGGUCGGCUCACCAAGAAUAUGUCUGGCUCCCUGUAUGAAAUGGUCAGUCGUGUCAUGAAAGCUCUUGUCAACCGCAAGAUCACAGUGCCUGGCAACUUCCAGGGGCAUUCCGGGGCACAGUGCAUUACUUGUUCCUACAAGGCCAGUUCAGGGCUCCUGUAUCCUUUGGAGCGCGGUUUCAUCUAUGUACAUAAGCCACCCGUUCACAUUCGCUUUGAUGAGAUUGCUUUUGUAAACUUUGCCCGUGGGACCACGACGACACGCUCCUUUGACUUUGAAAUAGAAACUAAGCAGGGAACGCAAUACACUUUCAGCAGCAUAGAGAGAGAAGAAUAUGGCAAACUGUUUGACUUUGUAAAUACCAAGAAGCUGAACAUCAAGAACCGAGGACUCAAGGAGGGAAUGAAGAGUGUGCCCUAUGAUGACUAUGCCGGUUCGGAUGAGGACUCACAUGAUGCCUACUUGGAGCGUAUGAAGGAGGAGGGCAAGAUCCGUGAGGAGCAUGCAAAUGACAGCAGUGAAGACUCUGGAGAGGAGACAGAUGAAUCAUUCAAUCCUGUGGAAGAGGAAGAGGAUGUGGCAGAAGAGUUUGACAGUAAUGCCUCAGCCAGCUCAUCUAGCAAUGAAGGAGACAGUGAUGAGAAGAAGAAACCUGCCAAAAAAGCCAAAAUUGUGAAAGAACGCAAGCCCCGCAAGAAGCAGUCUGAGAGUAAGAAAGGGAAAGACCCCAAUGCCCCAAAGAGGCCUUUAUCUGCCUACAUGCUCUGGCUCAAUGCUAAUCGUGACAAGAUCAGGUCAGAUAGUCCUGGCAUGAGUGUCACUGAUGUGUCCAAGAAGGCUGGAGAACUCUGGAAAGGGAUGUCAAAAGAGAAGAAAGAGGAAUGGGACCGCAAAGCUGAAGAUGCCAGGAGGGACUAUGAGAAGGCCAUGAAGGACUACAGUGAGGGGAGCAAGUUGGACAGCUCCAAGAAGGAAAAAUCCAAGAAGAAGAAAAAGCCAGAGAAGCCAGGGAAAGGCAAACCAGAGAAGAAGGUGACUGCACCUGCCAAGACCUCUGCUAGCAAGAGCCCUUCUAAACAACUUGGCGAGAGUUUCAAGAGCAAGGAGUUUGUCUCCAGUGAUGAUAGCUCCUCAGGCGAGGACAAGAAGGAGGACUCUGAUGAGGAGGAGAUCGCCAGCACCCCCCCAAGCUCAGCAGAGUCUGGAUCUGGCUCUGAUUAACAAGAAGCACUCACACAAACACCCCAGUUCCCUACCCUUCUUACAGGUGUUGUGGUUGUUAUAUUGUUGAGGUGAGGCUGAGUGGACAUUAUUCCAGGCAAGUAGGCUGGACAGCUGGCACCGCAAAGGAGUACCUACCAUGCUUCACUCGUUCUCCCUUCCAGUACUGCAGGUAGUAGUAAGGGCCAGUUAUCCCAUCUGAAGAGAAGGGGUUGUAUGAAAAAAGAGAGGACAGAGAAAGCCAAUCACCCCCCUUUUUCUGCCUUUAUGUUGUUGUAGAUGCGCUGUAAGAUGGCAGGCCCAGUGGUAUGUGGCACGCAGUUGGAAGCUAGGACACUGCAGCUUCCCUGGUCAGAUUCAGUUGGUGUUCUUUCUUUUUCUUCUUCUAAAUAUUCUCUAUGCAUUUCUGUUUGUCGUGGCUAACUGAUUUAAUAAAAAUCAAGUUAAUUUGGA